AUGAAUCAACUUUACUGGAAACGUCUUUGGAGUAAUUGCGGCCGGCAAGCUCCGAAGGAUGCUAGCAGUUUCUAUAAUUAUAACGUAUUCCGGCCGUACCGACGCCCGUGCUCCUCCACCUUCCAGUGUUUGAUCGUCGUUACAAUUUUCACAAUUCUUGUCGGCGGUGUCAUCGGCGUACUGGUGCUUCUAUGGCAUCGUUCGCCAAAGUUCGAAAUCAUCUCAGUUUCUGUUUCUCCGUUCGACAUGGUAGGCUCUAACUUAACGGCAACUUGGAAUAUAACUUUUGAUGUCAAGAACCCUAAUCAGGGGAGGCUUAGUUACGAAGACGUCGAGGUUUCCGUCUACAGCGGAAACACAAACACGCUGUUAGUGUCGGCAAACCAGAGCGGUUUUGAUCAGCCAAAGAAGUCUCAUGUGAAGUACGAAGCGAUUAUAUCGACAUGGCGUCUGCCGAUUGCGAACGAGACCGUGAGUAAUCCCUUGAUCGAAGAUCGGGUGCAUGGAGUCGCGGCGUUCAGCUUCCAGGUGCAUGCAAAGUAUAUUUACGUACCUGUGCGGCCGGUCUCAAGCAGACGUCACAUCACUGUCGACUGCAACAAUGUCAAGAUUGAAGUUGGUGCCAAUAAUUCCUUCAAUGUCAUUAGGGGACGCUUCAAAAGGUGCGAGAUUAUCUCCUUUCUCUCCUGCAACAAGAAGCAAUUGUCGGAAAAAUCUGGGAUUCGUAAAUUUUCCUUUCAUCCACCGAAGGGUGCACGAAUUUUGUUCCCGCGGAAAUCAAACUCUGUGCGGUUCUCCCUUCACUUGCCGUGCUGCUCUGGCUCCCCACUUGAACUACAACGGCCCAUUUCAUCCUCCGAGGAGUUAAUUGAGCGAUUGUUGGCUCGCAAAGACCUGACUGAAGAGGAGGCUGAGGCUUCACUUAACUUGUUGCUGAAUAAUGGCAGUGAUGCUUUGAUCAGUGCUUUUCUUGUCCUCUUAAGAGCCAAAGGCGAAACCUUCGAAGAAAUUGCAGGAUUUGCAAGAGCUAUGAUCAAAUGCUGCAAAAAAGUGGAGAGUUUAGAGAAUUCAGUGGACAUAGUUGGAACAGGAGGUGAUGGGGCUAACACGGUAAAUAUUUCAACCGGGGCCGCGAUUCUUGCUGCUGCUUGUGGUGCUAAAGUUGCUAAGCAAGGUAAUCGAUCAAGUUCUUCUGCUUGUGGAAGUGCUGAUGUUUUGGAAGCCUUAGGUGUGGCCAUUGACUUGGGACCUGAGGGGGUGAAAAAAUGCGUGGAAGAAGUUGGCAUUGGUUUCAUGAUGUCUCCUAACUAUCAUCCAGCAAUGAAGAUUGUUGCACCUGUGAGGAAAAAGCUCAAAGUGAAGACUGUAUUUAAUACCCUCGGUCCAUUGUUGAAUCCAGCACAACUACCUUUUGCUGUGGUGGGAGUGUACAAGGAAGAUAUGGUUAAAAAGAUGGCCAAUGCCCUGCAAAGAUAUGGCCUCAAAAGAGCACUAGUUGUUCACUCUGAAGGCUUGGAUGAAAUGAGUCCACUAGGACCUGGACUGAUGUAUGAUGUUACACAUGAAAAGAUCGAGAAGUUCUCUUUUGAUCCAUUGGAAUUUGGUAUACCUCGCUGCACGGUGGAAAAUCUACGAGGGGGAAGCCCCCAGUAUAAUGCUACUGUACUGAGGCGAGUGCUAUCUGGUGAAGCGGGCCCUGUUGCAGAUGCAUUCGUCCUGAAUGCAGCAGCGGCAUUAUUGGUCAGUGGACACGUUAGUAACUUUGGCGAUGGCGUAGCUUUAGCCCGCAAAAAACAUCAUUCAGGGGAAGCACUAUGUACUCUCAACUGCUGGAUUAACUUGUCAACCAAUUUCAAAGAACCAAACAGUUUUGUUGCCUAUUAGGCAUGCUGAAAGUCAAAUUGUGCUUUUCAUGUGCAAUUGUCUACGACUCUCACGGUCAUAGCAGUAAAAUACUACCAUUCCUGAGCUUGAAGAAGAGAAGUGGAUAUCUGACGGCUUCCCUGCGCAACAGGUGCCUGGUAGAGCUUAUGCAAUAGAGCUUAUUAGAAAAAGGUCCAGAGCUCAUAAAGAUGCAUCUGCUGACCAUGUUACACCACUAAAACUUUUACAGUUGGUAUUCUUGUGAAUUUGGUUAAGUCCAAGCUCAAGCUCAAGCUAAAUUGGUGUCCUUGGCGAAUUUGAUAAUUUUGAUUAACUGCGAGUGAUGGAGACGAGUUCUGACUUUGGAGAAUUUGAGCCAGACUGAGACGUUCUUCAGCAAAAGAUGGUCAGACUAGUUUAUUUUGUUGACUUCCGCAAUAAUAAUAUAGUACAGGAAUCCAGCGAAGCUUCUAUUCAUAAUUUAUUCUCAAACAGAAAAAUGAAACGAAACACUAACAAACAUUGCUUUAUUUAUAUAAUAGCUUCAGAAACAUGCAUAAUUCAUCCAACGUAUGCUUGAAGGUCUUCUAAGCAGACACACUAGCAACAGCUCCGGCUUCAGUUAGCAAA